AUGUCUUCAUACUCUCAAGCGUCUGGAUCCAGGCCCGAUAUGCGUGGAAGACGGGAUACCCUCAUUUGUAACAAUUGUAGGAGAGAUAAGCAGAAGUGUCUGAGACAACCUGACGAUAUCGAUGGGAGCAUGGUUUGCAUCCGAUGCGAGAAAUACAACUACAGCCACUGCUCUACAGACCCCUCGGUUCAACCAAUGGAGCGUAAAAAAAGAGUUCUCAACGAUUUGAAGUGUGAUAAAUGUCGUCGGGACCACAAGACUUGUACAUUCUCUUACGGUCCCUGGCCUAACCCAUGCGACCGAUGCGCCCGAACAGCUGGAAGCCAGUGCUCAGCUCCAACAAGACCCUCCCGCGUCCGUAACAGCAGAGGAGCCUCGACACACGACAGCGGAAGCGAUUGCCAUUCUUCGAUUGCUGAUUGCGGCGAAUAUGCGGAAUAUACGGCUGAGUACGAAUACACUACCGGCUACGAAGAAGACGUCUAUGACUGGGGAGCUGAAUCAAACGCCCAAUGGCAAGAUCACUACUCACAUCCAAUGUACCACAUGAACUACACCUCCCCCUUUUCACCCGAUUCCGGAAGUUCAGAUUAUUCUGACAGCCCUUUGUUCAUGCGCCAUUAG